AUGGGAAAACACACCACGGGCACUUGUCGGCGGAAGGUGCGAUCGGGCGGCUCCCCGGCACUGGGCGGAGCCUGGGGGGCUCUGAGGGCACCGCGCGCAAAAAAAAAACCAGUGCCCUCGACAGCGCCCAGGCCGCCGUUGCGGGAGCGAGUCAAUCAGGGCGCCCCCGGCCCCUCAGGUGCCGGAAGUUUGGAAAGCGUAGCGGAACGCGGCACCCCCUGCGCCGAGGCACCUGUGCGCUGCGACGGUCAACGUGCCGGGAUGGCCUUGUUGAGGUCGGGUUCUGCGCUGGGCGAUGCGGCCGUCUGCGGCGCUCGCGCUAGCCCGCGCGCAUGGUCGUGGGGAGCGCCCUGGCUGCACUCGGCCCGGCCCUCUGCCCCCCACAGCAAUUGCAGCGGCUUCUUACAAUUUCGUUGUUGCUGGGGGCCCAGAGCGUAUUAA